AUGUUAACAUUCAAACAAUUAAAAGAAACCGAAAAAGAUUUCACUGUUGAUGAAAAUAAAUUCAGAGUUGCACCAAGCAAUGAAACCUUAAUGGAAACUGUCAAGAAUUUAGAAGCCAAGAACCACAGAGUUUCAGUCGUUGAAAAUGAAGCUGAUGCUUUAAAUUUAUUAUUAAAUGAAAUCCCAAAAGGUUCUGAAGUCAUGUGCGCUAGCAGUUGUACCAUUGAUGAAAUCGGUUUCAAGAAAAUUUAUUUCAGUGAUGAUUCUCCAUUCGUCAACGUUCAUAAAAAGAUUUUAGCUUUACCAGCUGAUAAACAAGCUGAUGCUCGUAAAGAUGCUUUAACCUCACAAUACUUUUUAUCAUCUGUAACUGCAAUCUCCAAAACUGGAAAUGUUUAUGUUGCCGACGCUUCAGGUACCAGAGUUGGCGGUUUCACUGCUGCUAAAAAUUUAAUCAUCGUUUCUGGUUAUAACAAGAUUGUUGAUUCUGAUGAAUUAGCCGUCCAAAGAACUGAACAAUUCUGUUUACCAUGUGAAAGUGUUCGUGCUCGUUGGGCUUACAAAGUUCCAGGUUCAAUGAUUCAAAAUCUUUUGGGUAUGAAACAUGGUGCUCCAAACAAACAUCACAUUAUCCUCAUUAAAAAAUUAUUAGGUUAUUAA